AUGGUUACAGUUCAAUCUGCACCUGUUCCAGAAUCAGAAGCAAGCCCAUUAGAAGCAAGAAUGACAUCUUCUCGCAUCACAUGGUACUCUGGUGGUUCAUUAGACAACCCAGCCUGUGGUGGUCCCACACCAAGCAACAACGCAAUGAUCGCUGCCGUUCAACAAGGCGGUCGUUUCGGCUGUGGUGAUCAUAUCCGAAUCAAUUACCAAGGAAAUUCCGUCAAAGUUAAGGUAAUUGACUAUUGUGAAGGUUGUUCAUCAACCGCAAUCGAUCUUACAAAAGGUGCUUUCUCAAAAUUGGCAAGUUUGAGCACAGGUGAAUUACACGGUGCUUCCGUCAAUUGGGCUUAA